AUUUUCUCAUAAUUGAUGACAUGUUUGUACUGUUUCAAGUACAUGAGAAAGUUUCUCAAUUUCAAAAGAAAGGAUGUGACCAUUAUAAGUUAUUGGAAAUCCUAUUCGACAAAAAUAAUGCUACUGGAGUACUUCAUCAUUCAUCUACACAAGACCCAGCAAAUACUGAUGAAGAAAAUGAGCUCGAUAAUCAAAAGUGCACACGAUUCAAAAGUUUUUUUGGAUGCAAUUUCAAAUCCAAAUGUAGGAUUUCCUUGGCCACCUAGAGGUUCAUUUUAUCUCGUUGAUUCUGGGUAUCCAUAUAUUAGAGGUUUGCUUCCUCCUUAUAGGGGUGAAAGAUAUUAUGCCCAAAAAUAUAAAGGCCAAGGUAGACAACCUAGGAGUCCCGAAGAGUUAUUUAACUACAGACACUCAUCUCUACGGAUGACAAUUGAACGUUGUUUUGGAGUGUUGAAAAAUAGAUUUCCCAUUUUGAAGUUGAUGUCUCCUUAUAAACCUUCCAGACAAAGACUUAUAGUAAUAGCUUGUUGUACUAUUCAUAACUACAUACGUAAGUGGAAUUUACCAGAUGAAUUAUUCAACUUAACUAGAUUAUCUGAUGAAGGUGCGGUUGAAAUGACAAUGAGUAGGAAUCGUAUUAGAGAUAGGAUGUGGGUACACCAUCACAAUUAGUUGGACAAAUUACUAUCUUUUAGAUUUUAUUAUAUACAAUGUUGGUGGAUAUUUCUUUAAUACUUGUGUU